UGAGAUACGUGAAAUGCGUAUUUCAUUUUUAUAUAACGUUAUUUCAUGAGAAAAAUGCCAUAUUUCUGAAGUUUUAAUAAUGCGACACAAAUAAUAGUUCGUUUCUUUCUUGUGGGUCGGUUAAGUUUCACGAGUUUUUGUGCGUAAAACAGUGUCAUCGAAAAUCGAAAUUUGCGACGAUUUAUAGGUUAUAAUUUAAAGAAACAAUAUGCAGACUUUAGCAAAGUGUUCAAGCCGGCACUUUGCACAACCAAGGGGAUUGUUUGGUUCGGCUUUUCAGUAUUCUGUGGAAAAUAAAACAUUUAACAAAGAAGAAGUUUGCAAAUUAUGGAACAAUUUUCGCAACUGUCGCUCUUUUCACUCGGUUUCGAAAAAGACACUCAGACACUUGAAAAAAGAAUACCAAGCAGUUCGUUCUUUACUGCUUCGAAGUGGGAUAGACGAAAUAUCCCUUCAGCAAAUAAUUAGAAGUUCAAGGAGCUUAAGUACAUCAUCUACGAGAUUUAACAAUGCUCCUCAAUCCGGAAAAGAGCCGCCUGCAAAUCCUUCGUCAGAUCCCAAUAAAGAAGGAUCUGGCAAUAGCGGAAACAAGGAUCCUGGCAAGGAACCUUCAGAUAAGGAUAAAGUAACAUUUGUGUUAAAAUGCGUCUUGAUCAUAUUCCUGCAAAUUAUAACCGCAAUGUUUUUAUUGGGAUUUAAAUUCGAAUCCGAGCCAACCGAGGUCCAGGCUCAAGUCUCCUGGAAUGACUUUGUUUAUCACAUGUUAGCCAAAGGAGAAGUAGAGCGAGUUAUUAUAGAACCUGAAUUGGAAAUGGCCGAUAUUAUUGUUCAUCGACGAGCGAUAAUAAAAGGCAAAAGAGUUGUUAAUCGGGUUUUUCGUAUGAGAAUUAACAAUCCAGAUCGCUUCGAGGAAAAAUUGCGGGCUGUAGAAGCGUCUCUGGGGAUAAGACCAGAGGAUGGAAUACCAGUUUCUUACGAUCGGAAAUUUGCUCUCUACAGUCGAUUACUCUCAGCGGCGGUAUUUUUGGGAUUAACCUAUUGGUUAUUCAAAGGCCGCAAAGGGGGUGCUUCAUUUCCCAUGGAUUUUCUUUCGCAAAUGAAACGAGCUAAAUUUACUUUGAUAGAUCCGCUGACCGGAAGUGGAAAAGGCGUGCGUUUCAGGGAUGUGGCUGGUUUGCAAGAAGCGAAAGUUGAAGUCAUGGAACUUGUGGAUUACUUAAAACGCCCCGAGCAUUACAAAACGCUUGGUGCUAAAGUACCCAGAGGUGCUUUGCUCUUGGGGCCUCCAGGUUGUGGUAAAACAAUGUUGGCCAAAGCAAUUUCAACCGAGGCCAAUGUGCCCUUUUUAUCUAUGAAUGGAUCAGAGUUUAUUGAAAUGGUGGGCGGAUUGGGUGCUGCUCGAGUUCGAAAUUUAUUCGAAGAGGCCAAAAAACGAGCGCCUAGUAUCAUAUACAUUGACGAGAUUGAUUCGAUGGGUGCAAAACGUCAGGGCGGAGCUCAAGCUGGUGGAGGAAAUCGAGAGAGUGAGCAGACCUUGAACCAGCUUCUCGUAGAAAUGGACGGCUUAGUUUCGAGAGGCGAUGUCAUUGUCAUUGCUUCGACUAACAGGGCGGAAGUUUUGGACAAUGCACUUUUGCGUCCUGGCAGAUUUGACAGGCACAUUUUAAUUGACCUCCCAACUCUCGAAGAAAGGCGGCAGAUUUUCGAGCAGCAUCUGAAGAGCAUCAAGUUGGAAAAGUCACCGUCCGCAUAUUCUAUGAGAUUGGCUCAUCUUACGCCAGGAUUCAGCGGCGCUGAUAUCGCAAAUGUGUGUAAUGAAGCUGCCUUGUGUGCAGCCAGACAGAAGAAAAAGCAGGUAGACGGCACUGAUCUAGCUCAUGCCAUCGAUCGAGUGAUCGGUGGAGUCGAGAAAAAAAAUCACGCGAUGGCUCCUUCCGAGAAGAAAGUCGUGGCCUAUCACGAGUCGGGACAUGCUCUUGUUGCCUGGCUUUUAGAACACACCGAUGCUUUGCUCAAAGUAACAAUUGUGCCCAGAACAAGUAUGGCACUUGGAUUUGCCCAGUAUGUACCAACCGAUCAAAAAUUGUACACGAAGGAACAACUGAUGGAGAGGAUGUGCAUGAUGCUUGGAGGUCGUGUCGCGGAAAGUUUGACCUUCAAUAAAAUUACGACUGGGGCUCAAGACGACUUGAACAAAGUCACGAAAAUGGCUUAUGCUCUUGUUCAACAAUAUGGAAUGAGUUCCACCGUCGGUUUAAUUUCCUUCGAUCCUGAACAAACUAGUGGGCAAACGAAAAAACCCUACAGUAAGAAGUUGGGAAAUGUAAUGGACGCUGCAGCUUCAAGAUUAAUCGUUGAAUCAUAUAAACGAGUCGAAAAGCUGUUGUUGGCGAAUAAUGACAAGCUACAAUUGAUUGCAGAGGAACUUUUAAAACGAGAAACUUUAAGUUACGAAGAUGUUGAGAAACUGAUAGGACCUCCACCUUUCGGGAAAAAGCAGCUGGUUGAUCCUUCCGAUUUAGAUACUCUCAUAGAACCAAUGAAACCUCCGGAACCGGAAGUCCCAUCACCUGAGCCCCAUCCAGCGUAGUGGAAAUUUCAUUGGAUUUAUCAAUUGUAAAAAGAUUUAUUUCAAAUGAAUUGGGGAUAAAUUUAAAAUUGCUUUAAGUAUAGCUAGUCCCGAUGUUCAGUGACCAGGUGAGGCACCUUUGUUAACAGUUUUGUAAUAUAUAAUUAUAGCUAGUAAGGUAAUAAAAAAAGUGGAAUAAAUUUGAAAAAUA